GAGAGUAACGUUACAAUUUUCUGUAUCUACGAGUCCGCCGAUCUGUUUUCAAAUAUUCAAAAUCACAAAGGCUCCUCCUCCUCCUCCUCCUCCUUCUCCUUCCUCUUUCAUCAAAAUAAAAAUCUCCCAAUUAGGAAAACUCAAGAACCCUAAUCUCUCCCUAUCGGAUUCACAAGAAACAAGAUCUGUGUCUUAUUCUUGUUUUUUCUCAAUCUGCGCCUUCCCUCGGAUCGAUAUUAAGGUGACGGAAUCAAUCAGAAGGUUCCUCUAAAGAUGCCGCUGCUUCGCAACCAGAAUCGAGCUCCUUUGCCUAGUCCAAACGUCAAAAAGGAAGCUCUCUCGAGUGUUACUUUGGACAGGCGAAGGAGAGUGGAAGCACAAGGUAAUGGUGGAAGAAGACAAGUUCUUUCGACGGUGAACAGACAAGACGUUACGGCGAACAGCGAUGUGGGCAGCACUGAUGAUUGUAGCAAAGUCGAAUUUACAAAAGAUGAAGUCUUGGCUUUGCUUAAUGAGAGAGCAAAAGCUGGGAAAUUUGAUACCAAGGGUAAGAUUGAGCAAAUGACGGAUAUUAUCAAGAAGCUUAAGGUUUGUGUUCGAUGGCAAUUACAAGUGGAAGAAACACAUGUCCAGGAGAGGGAGAAUCUUACUUCUUCUCUGGAAUCUGCAGAGAAAAGAUACAAUGAAAAAGAGUUGGAUGCAAAGAACACAGAGGAAAGGCUACAAGCAACUAUAGCAGAGAUGAAGGAGAAGAUAGCAUCACUACAAGAAAUGUUCUCAAAAGAGGAGUUAAACAAGUUGGAUGCAAUUGAAGACCACAGAAGAGAAACAGAACGUAGAGUUGCAGCUGAGAAGCUUCAUGAUACUAUCCGAGAAGAGCUUGACAGAGUGAAAGAAGAGAAAAUGGUUGCUAAGCAUAAGGUGACGUCCCUUGAAGAUAUGUACAAAAGGCUGCAAGAGUACAACACAAGUUUGCAGCAAUAUAACACCAAACUCCAGACUGAUCUUGAAGCAGUUCGAGAGGCACAUACUCGUGCUGAAAAAGAAAAGUCAAGUAUAGUGGAGAACCUAACUACUCUUAGAGGUCACAGUAAAUCACUACAAGAUCAACUAGCGUUGAGCCGGGUUUCACAAGAUGAAGCGGUAAAGCAAAAGGAUUCAUUGCUGAUGGAAGUCAAGAACCUUCGGAGUGAGCUCCAACAAGUUCGAGAUGAUCGUGAUCGCCAAGUAGUCCAGUCACAAAAGCUGGCUGAUGAGAUACUAAUGUAUAAGGAGAGUGUGGGAAAGUCAUCUCAGGAGUUGGACAUUCUGAUAGCAAAAUCAGGAUCUUUGGAGGAAACAUGUUCGUUGCAAAAAGAGCGUAUAAAAAUGUUGGAGCAGGAACUAACUUUUGCUAAGGAAAAGCUUAAGAUGAUAGAUGAAUCUAUGUCUCAUACUAUGACAGAAUAUCAUGAGCAGAAACAACUUAUGCACGAUUUGCAAAAUCGCCUUGCAGACGCAGAGCAUCAACUUUGUGAAGGAGAGUUGUUACGGAAGAAACUUCAUAACACCAUCCUUGAACUGAAAGGAAACAUACGUGUUUUCUGCCGAGUGCGCCCCUUGCUACCAGAUGAUGGACGCCAAGAGGCCAGUGUUAUUGCUUAUCCUACGUCAACUGAAUCUCUUGGGAGAGGCAUUGAUGUGGUCCAAAGUGGUAACAAGCAUCCUUUCACCUUCGACAAGGUCUUUGACCAUGGGGCUUCUCAGGAGGAAGUAUUCUUUGAAAUAUCUCAACUAGUACAGAGUGCAUUAGAUGGCUACAAGGUGUGUAUUUUUGCAUACGGUCAGACAGGUUCUGGAAAAACUUACACCAUGAUGGGCAGGCCGGAGAAGCCAGAACAGUUUGGACUGAUCCCUCGAUCACUUGAACAAAUCUUCAAAACCAGCCAGUCUCUUAGUGCACAAGGCUGGAAAUACAAGAUGCAGGUCUCAAUGUUGGAGAUCUACAACGAGUCCAUCAGAGACUUGCUUUUAACAAACCGAACAAUUGGUAUAGAGUCUGUACGAGGAGAGAGUAGCAGCACCUCUGGGAGACAGUAUACAAUCACACAUGAUGCUAAUGGAAACACUCAUGUCAGUGACCUGACAAUAGUAGAUGUGUGUAGCAUUGGACAAAUUUCCUCACUAUUGCAACAGGCUGCUCAUAGCAGGUCCGUUGGUAAGACUCAUAUGAACGAGCAGUCGUCAAGAAGUCAUUUCGUGUUUACUCUUCGGAUUUCUGGUGUGAAUGAGAGCACUGAACAGCAGGUACAAGGAGUUCUUAACUUAAUUGAUCUUGCUGGAAGUGAGCGACUCUCAAAGAGCGGGGCAACCGGAGAGCGGUUAAAGGAGACACAGGCUAUAAACAAAAGCUUGUCUGCUUUGAGUGAUGUUAUAUUUGCAUUGGCUAAGAAAGAGGAUCAUGUUCCUUUCAGAAACUCAAAGUUGACAUAUUUGCUCCAGCCAUGUUUAGGAGGAGACUCAAAGACCUUAAUGUUUGUGAACAUAUCACCUGAUCCAUCUUCUACUGGAGAGUCCUUAUGCUCUCUUCGGUUUGCUGCUAGAGUGAAUGCAUGUGAGAUUGGAAUACCUCGCAGACAAACUUCCGCAAAACUCCUCGACUCUCGCCUAAGUUAUGGUUAAAACUGGUUGCUCGAGUUUCUCUACCAUAUGUAUAACAACAUCAAUUGUUUUAGAGGUUUGUAAUUUUCUGAUCGUGGUUUUGGCUUAGAUUUUUUCUGUACCAAGCUUUUAAGGUCAUAAGAAUCGGGAACCUUGUAGUGUGCUCUCAAUUUGAUUGUGUGAGCAACUUGCUAUCUUAGCAAUGUCGUGUGAGGAAAUCUCCAUGUUUGUCUUCUUAAAGAGUUGUUUUGGUUAUGUAAUUCUCUUAUAACAGAUAACUAAAUAAAUUCUUGAUCUGUUGUUUUA